UUGAGUUGAAAACGGUCUCACUAAAAUUAAAAGUCAUAAAAUGAAAUACUAAAAAGGAGAGGUAGCGGAAAAAGAGAGGUAUUUUGGUUAAUGGAUAUGGGCAGUGGUUGAUGUGGCUCUACAUGACACACAUUUUCCUUGCACAACCAACGGACCAACUAACCCAAUCAACCAGAACCCGGAAAUCUCAAACUAUUGCUCUCGUUUUCUUGAUAAGUGAAACCAGUCUGAGUGCGCCGAGUGGAAAGUACUUAAAUAAGAGGAACAAAGAAGCAGAAAUUUGUAAUGAAAAUGGAGCUCUGUGGACAUGGAGCCACAACAAUUACUUGGGCAAAGUCCAUAUCUCCCCCUCUCCACUUCCCCCGAAGUUCCUCGGUGUGGAGAUUUAGGAGGAUGAAUACUUCCUGUGUUAACAGCAGCCUCGACUCCGGGGAAUCUCAGAAGGCAGAUGAGAUGAUUGUUUCAAUAACUGGAGCCACUGGGUUUAUAGGUAAAAGGUUGGUGCAAAGAUUGCAAGCAGAUAAUCAUCGUGUGCGGGUCUUGACGCGGUCUAGGUCAAAGGCCCUUUCGAUAUUUCCUGUCAGGGACCAUCCAGGACUUGUAAUAGCAGAGGAGCCAGAGUGGGGAAAAUGCAUUCAAGGAUCAACGGCUGUUGUAAAUUUGGCUGGAACACCUAUAAGCCAGAGAUGGUCUCCUGAGAUCAAGAAAGAUAUCAAGGAAAGCAGGAUUAAAGUAACUUCAAAGGUUGUUGAUUUAAUUAACAGUUCACAGGAUGAACUUUGUCCCAAGGUUUUGAUUAGUGCAACAGCAGUCGGCUACUACGGUACCAGUGAAACAAGAGUUUUCGAUGAGAAUAGUCCAUCUGGAAAUGAUUACCUGGCAGAGGUUUGUAGAGAAUGGGAAGCAGCUGCUCUGAGGGUGAAUAAGGAUGUCAGGAUAGUGUUGAUUCGUACUGGUAUCGUCCUUGGAAAAGAGGGUGGUGCUUUGGCCAAAAUGAUACCCCUAUUCAAGAUGUUUGCUGGUGGACCUUUGGGGUCUGGAACACAAUGGUUUUCAUGGAUUCAUGUGGACGACCUUGUAAACUUGAUCUAUGAGGCUCUAUCCAACUCUGCUUAUAAAGGAGUGAUCAAUGGCACGGCCCCAAACCCUGUUCGGCUGUCAGAGAUGUGCGAUCAUUUGGGAUCCUCCUUGGGACGGCCCUCUUGGCUGCCUGUACCAGAAAUUGCACUGAAGGCUGUUCUCGGAGAAGGUGCUUGCGUGGUAGGAUUUCACGGUCAAGAUUUUGUACAUGAUUCUCAGAUCUAUUUUGUGGUUCUUGAAGGACAAAAAGUGAUUCCAGCAAGGGCCAAGCAACUUGGUUUCCCUUUCAAGUAUCCCUACGUGAGAGAGGCUCUAAGAUCGAUCAUUUCUGAGAAAACUCAAGUCUGAGACACAAUUGUAAAUCAAAUUUUAGAUUCUUUAUUCUUUCAUGUAGAGCUGCCAACUUGAUGCUUAGAAUAUUGGUCAGGUUUGGUUCACUUUUAUCUUCGAACUCGUUUCUUGGAGAAACUAUAGUACUCUCAGUCUGCGCCAGCCACUUUUCUUGGAUGUCAAAGGCUUUUAUUGGUUUUUUUUUUUCUUUCUCUUACUGAAAUUCUGUUGCUAUGGAAGUGUAACAUGUAAACUACAGAGAUGCCACAGUUCAAUUUUGAGAUUUCUUGGGUGGUUUUGCUGUUGAA